UCAAUUUUCCACCACGACAAUUGAGGACCAUGAAACUUGGUAUGAACAGGGCGACUGUUGCCUUGGACAAGGUAUCUCGAAUCUUCCUCGUUAAACCUCAUCGCAUGGCCCAAGUGGAGCUGCUAAAAUGGUUUCCAUGACUCCUCCGUCCACCAGUAACACUAAGCCCAGAAGCGAAGGACGUGCGCCGCCGAUUCUCUCUAGACGAUGGGUGCAAGUGCAAACAGGACAAACCACUAUUAUAUUGUUCAAUUAGCCUCACGUGAUGUCGCGAUACCGCGUCGCGUCGCUGCAUCACUAAACAAUGAGCCUUAUAAUCCGACGAGGGGCUAUUUGGUUAAGAUCAAGCGAGUCGCGACAUGUCCGUUUCUGGUGACGACUCUAAUGAUUAUUUUGACGAUGAGAUUGGCGACGUUACCGUUCCUGGGACACCCGACGCAGUUGAAUCAGCCCAGACGAACAACCGUCCAGCAAAGCGUCGGCGCCUUGACGCUGGCGUUUUUGAUGAUGCAGAAUCCGAUAUCUCCAUAGAUCAGGGUGACGGGGAGGACGAACUUCAAUCGCCCGACCGAGCGUCUGUUAACGGCGUUCAAUUUGAGGAUGUCGAGAGAACCUCCAAGUACAAGGUCUUUGUACCAAAACGCAACAACUUCCAGGAGAAUAUCUUCGUCACACAAUUGACCCAGCCGCCUUCGCCCCCGGAGAUGAUUCGUGGCCCUCGAUGGAAGAAGCCUGGCCCCGAACCUCUUGCGCCCGAGCCUACAACGACCGCUGUUGAUGCCAGUCAUCAACCGGAUCAGUAUUAUGAUGAAGAUAAAGAAAUGGAGGCUGCUAUUGCAGCAUCACUGCAAUCAUUUGAGGAAGAGAAUGGGGGAAAUAUCCCCUCUACUGCAUCCAGGUCUACACCGGCACAGACUGCUGUCGCACCUUCCGCCGCACUGAAAGAGGCUGCAGCGGACGUGCCAUUCGAUCUUGAUGAUAUACCAGAUGACGCCUUCGAUUCGGACCUAUCCUUGUCGCCACCCAGAACGACAUCUCAAGCGACACGUCGACCGCCUGUUCAAUCUCAAUUCAGCACCAAUCGCCCGCUUGGCCUACGGCAAUCCACAUUAUUCGACAUGGCUGCACGAAAUUCCGACAUCUCCUCGCAGCAGGGAGAGCAAAUUUUCUCACCACCGGAGAAAAAUGAACCUCCUACUCAUCACAAACUCAAUGAAGAGGCUAUAAACACAUGGGUCUACCCCACUAAUUUGGGGAAGACGAGAGAUUACCAAUUCAACAUCGCACAGCGAGGUCUUUUCCAUAAUCUGCUGGUUGCGCUUCCUACUGGUCUUGGAAAGACGUUCAUCGCUGCGACCAUUAUGCUCAAUUGGUAUCGAUGGACAAAGAGUGCUCAAAUCAUCUUCGUAGCACCGACAAAGCCCCUGGUAGCUCAGCAGAUCUCUGCUUGCUUCCAGGUGGCCGGCAUCCCGCGAUCACAGACGACCAUGCUGACAGGUGAAGCCGCGCCAGGCAUUCGCGCGGAGGAAUGGAAAAGCAAACGUGUUUUCUUCAUGACCCCUCAAACCCUCGUCAAUGAUCUCAAGUCAGGAAUAGCCGACCCCAAACGUAUCGUUCUGCUCGUUGUUGACGAAGCUCAUCGUGCCACUGGCGGCUAUGCAUACGUGGAAGUGGUCAAGUUCCUCAAGCGGUAUAACAAGAGCUUCCGGGUCCUCGCCCUCACUGCAACCCCAGGUUCUACUGUGGAGUCAGUGCAAGCCGUCAUUGAUGGCCUGGGUAUUGCCAAGGUGGAGAUUCGCACCGAGCAGUCUCUCGACAUUCGGGAGUAUGUACAUGCUCGGGACACCGAGAUACAAACGUUUCAGCACUCCGAUGAAAUGGUGCUGUGCAUGGAGCUUUUCACAAGGACUCUGCAGCCGCUUGUCGACCAACUUCGUAACCUCAACGCCUACUGGGGAAGGGAUCCGAUGGCUCUCACCGCGUUCGGUCUCACCAAGGCCCGUCAGCAAUGGAUGGGUUCAGAUGCAGGGAGGAAUGCGAACCUUGGCCUGAAGGGCAAAGUCAACGCAAUUUUCACCGUCCUCGCGAGUUUGGCCCAUGCUAUCGAUCUCUUGAAAUAUCACGGGGGCAAAUAUCAACGCCAGAUUGUGCAGGACGAAAGCUUCAAGAAACUCAUGAACCAUCUCCAGCCUUGGACUAAGAACCCAGAAUUCAUCGGCCAUCCGAAGCUAGAAUACCUCAAACAGGUCGUGCUCAAUCACUUCAUGGAUCGCGGGGAAGGAACCGCAGCCAAUGGAGACCAGAGUCAGUCAGCGACACGAAUUAUGAUAUUUGUACAUUUUCGAGACAGCGCUGAGGAGGUUGUCAGAGUUCUGAAGCGGUACGAGCCUCUGAUUCGACCCCACGUGUUCGUAGGGCAGAGCAGUGCGAAAGGAUCGGAGGGAAUGGACCAAAAGACACAGUUGAGCAUUGUGCAAAAGUUCAAGAAAGGCACAUAUAACACUAUCGUGGCAACCUCAAUUGGUGAAGAAGGUCUUGAUAUUGGCGAGGUCGAUCUCAUCGUCUGCUACGACUCUUCGGCGUCGCCCAUCCGCAUGCUCCAGCGCAUGGGACGUACUGGUCGUAAGAGAGCUGGUAAUAUUGUGCUGCUUCUGAUGCAGGGCAAAGAAGAGGAGUCUUAUAUUAAGGCCAAAGAUAAUUAUGAGAAAAUGCAGCAGAUGAUAGCCAGCGGUACUCGGUUCAUUUUUCAUGACGACACAUCCCCUCGCAUCUUGCCCCCAGGAGUUCGACCUGUGGCUGAGAAGAGGCAAAUCGAUAUUCCGGUGGAGAAUACGCAGGCUGAUUUACCAGAGCCCAGAAGGAGAGCACGGCCCCCAAAAAGGCCGCCGAAGAAGUUCCAUAUGCCAGAUGACGUCGAGACUGGUUUUGCAAAGGCGUCCAGUCUAACUGGGAAAGUGACGAAGAAAGCAGAAACUAAGAGAGCCGUCCGCAAACCAACGCCAGAGCCUGUGGAGGUUCCCGCCCUGGAAGAAGUUCUCCUUACGCCAGGACAGCAAGAGGAUCUUGAGCGACGCUAUUGUCAUAUAGGAGGCACUAGUCCAGAGUUCAUCCGGAACCCACGUGUUGACGCCUAUCCUCGCCUGCAAUCCGUUCCUAGGCCGACAAAAGCUGUUAAACAUGGUUCCUUGACCUUCCGCAUGAUUGGUACUCUUCAAAAAAUGAGUAAGGUCACUGUUGAUUGUGAAAGCCGAUACCGGAAAGUGUUGGCUCUGGAGUCAAGCAAGAAGAUUCAGGACUCAGUUCUGUCUGGCGAAUCGGGCCCUCCAGCGCAGAACAGUGGAAGGCUGGGGAAGAAGCCGCACGCCUUCAAAAGGGCGUUGGCCACUUCACGGCUAAACAAUAUAUAUGUGCGGAAGGACGAAAAUGAGGACGGUUGCACUCCCGAACUGCUGUCCCCAGAGAAGUUGAUGCCAUCUUUUCUGGAACCUCAUCCCGAAAUACCUCCCUAUUCAUCACAAAGAAGCCAAGAUGCUUUUGAACUAGAUUUCCCUGAUGUUGAGACACUUCUCAAUCGCAGCGCAGAGCGUCAUGCUUCUCGCAAACGAAAUAGAUUAGUUCUUGACGACAGUGAGGGAUGACAUUUUGGUCAGCGUGGACGCUCUUGGAUACUUAAACUUGGCUUUUGGAAGAUUAUCGUCGUCUCUAGAUACCCAAAAUUACAUAGC